GGCAAUGUAAAAGCGUUUCCGCUUAAUGCGCGCAAAGGACAACGUCAGCAGUAACAGCAGCAGUAGCAGUAGCAGUAACAGCAGGAUUACAUACGAAUUUCGCAAGGAUUUGGAAAUGAGCCACCCACCAGAGACACAGUCAGCGGCGCUGCCGACGCCAACGCCGCAGCUGCUGCUGCGUCUGCUCGGCGCGCAGCUGCUGAUCCUCAGCAUACUGAAUGCCGUACAGCCCAUCGAGGCACUGCAUCUAUCGAACCUCUCCGUCCCGCGAAUUAUCGAUGUCGCCCAAAAGGCCAAACUGUUCUGCAGCUAUGAGAUGGGCAAUCGGACACUCAACUCGGUCAAAUGGUAUAAGGAUGGCCAGGAGUUUUUCAGAUACUCGCCGCUAACGCCGCCGACAACAAAUUGGUUUCCCGUCAAAGGUGUCACCAUUGCCGACGGCUCGUCGCAUUGCAAUCAAUUCAUCUGCAACGUGGAACUGGAGAAGCUGAAUGUGCACUCGUCGGGCCAGUACCGCUGCGAGGUGUCCGGCGAUGCGCCCGAAUUCAAGCUGAUCGAUAAAGCGGCCAAUAUGACCGUUGGCGUGCUGCCAAAAUUCGAUCCAUUCAUCACUGGGAUGCGGCAUGCCUAUAAAUACCGUGAUACGCUGUUGGCCAACUGCAGCUCCGAAUGGUCAAAUCCAGCGGCGAGGCUUACGUGGUACAUCAACAACAAAACUGCACCACAGAUGCAGCUGCAACCGCAAAUCAAUGAAGUCACACGCAACGUCGAAGGCUUUCCGCUAUAUGCCAGCAAUCUGCAGCUGCGCCUCCAUCUCGACGACAAGCGCUUCAUCGGCAAGAGCGAAAUGCUGGAGCUGCGCUGCGUUGCGGAUAUCAUGGGCCUGCCCGCCGUGCGCCGUGAGAGCUCCAUGCGCACCACCGUACUGGCGCUUAAGGACAGCGGCUACAAUCAGCGGCUAAUUGAGAAUGGCACCUGUGCCAGUGCUCGAGCAGCCACAUUUGCCGCCUGGUUGCUGUGCCUGACGUCCUUGAUGCGCUGGCACUGCACUCUAAGUUAGUAGCUGACCCUUUUGGCCGCCCUACUUUUAGCCUAAUUUUACAUAAGCAUUUUAAGUCCAGUCAAGGCGACAAUUCGAUGGGAUGUUUUUAGCGCCCAACUACGCCAAUGAAAGAAAAAUUUAAAGUUAACAAGGCAACUGUUGAAUUUGUAUAUAUAUUUACAUAUACACAUAUAUAAAUAUAUAUAUUAACUAUAAAGUAAUUGCAGAGUCCCAAUCGAAUCAGCUUAAACAGUUCUUCGACCCGGCUCUAGCGAUUUUUCUUUAUGUAAUACCAAAAUGUGUGUAAGCACAAAAAA